CAGACUUCAGUCUACCUCGAGAACGCGAUACCGUCGGGACCUUGAGGGGAAACCUUUGAAGGAGGUCAAGGCUUCCUUACCGAUUCUACUACGUCGAUCAUUAUUUUCGAUCAAAGGAAUACACUUAAAACGAAUGUUGUCAAAAAUAAAAAAAAAUAUUUGUUAUACGAUUACAAAUUGUUUAAUCGAACAAUUUUGUUAGAUCUGUUUAUCGAGAAGAAGAUCCUCUUUUUUUUUCAAUCGAUAUCAUAUUGAUCGGGAUUCAAUUGUAUUCUCACAAGUUUGAUUUUUGAAUCGACAGAUUUCAAGUUCAUCUACAUUGUCAUUUAUUAUUAUUAUUAUUAUUAUUAUUGUUCAUACGUUAUAAAAGGAGUAAAAAAAAAAAAAAGAAAUAAGCACACAAGUCGAGUCUUUCUUAUUUAAUUGUCAAUUUGUGUCAGUUCAUUAAGUUUGUUGUAUUAAAUGCAAAUUUAAAAUAAAAACGAUUGGGGUUACGUGUAAUCGUUGUAAAAUUAAAUUAACGAAUUUUCGAUUGGCCGACGUAUAAUAAGGGAAGAUAAAGUAAGAAGGGUGUUUAUUCGGAAAUUGAGGAAAGUUGUUGCCCAGAAUCGGGGGACGUUGUCCGUUGUUGCCCGACGUUGGAGCCGGAUGUUCGCACGGACAAGACGCCGAAAGCGCUGCCAUUUUGGAGAGCAAAAUGUUCACGGCAGUGAAAAAGUUCCUUACGACAUCCCCUUUGGUUAACAAAGUCAAGUUUCUAAUGACGAGGCAGAAUAGUGGGGUGGUAGGGAAGACUGGAGGGGAGGAAAAAACAGGGGAAUGUCCUUCGAGGAUGUCGGUAAUAAGAGCUACGACGACGUCGACGACAAUCGUUCCUACGACGAUGACAACGACGAUGACAAGAACGACAUCAGCGAUUACGUCACCACCAUUAUCCGUCCUAUCGAAGGAAUCAGAUGAUGGAAUAGUAUCAUCGUGUAACGUAUCGACGGAGUCACAGGUGGAAUUGGUAUCAUCAUCCCAAGUGCAAUCCCAAGUGUUGCAAUCUCAACUUAAAUCCCAACUGGAAUCCCAACUGGAAUCCCAACUGGAAUCCCAACUGGUGCAGGAUGAUAAAAGGGAGGAUAAUAUCAUUGACGAAAGAAAAAUAAUUUACGGUGUUUUCCCUUCCUCCUCCUCCUCGACAUCUUCCACGUCAGCUGUUUUACCGAUGACCAUGGCGGACCCUUCCAAAUUGUCAUCGAACACCGCCAUCAUGUCAUUUCCAGCAUCGCCACAAAAAUUGGCUAAUCAGCCGAGAAAGAUCUCAUCUAUAACCAAGUCUCAGAUGAGAGAAUUUAAAGAGGCAUUUAACCUUUUCGAUAAGGACGGGGAUGGUAAUAUCACGAAAGAAGAACUUGGAAGGGUCAUGCGUUCUUUAGGACAAUUCGCCAGAGCUGAGGAAUUGAACACCAUGCUACAAGAGAUUGACAUAGAUGGUGACGGUACUGUAAGUUUUGAAGAAUUCGUGGAGAUCGUCAGCAAUAUCGGUGACGAAAAUUCCGGAACUUCUGUAGAUCAGGAUCAAGAGGAACAAGAAUUACGAGAUGCAUUUCGUGUGUUCGAUAAACGUAAUCGUGGUUACAUAACUGCAUCCGAUCUAAGGGUUGUUUUACAAUGUUUGGGUGAAGAUUUAUCCGAAGAAGAAAUUGAAGAUAUGAUCAAGGAAGUUGACGUCGACGGGGAUGGUCGAAUAGAUUUCUAUGAAUUCGUUCAUGCACUUGGUGAACCUGGCAUUGACGAGGACGAAGAGGAAGAAGAAGAAGAGGAAUCACAGUCACCAACAUAACGAGUAUUAUUAUUGCAACACGGAUUGAUCACGACAUGGUUGAUCUUUAUAAAAAAAAAAAGAAAAAAAAACAAAAACAAAAACAAAAUGAAAAAUGAAAAA